UCUCAAAAGUAAAUACAAUAAAUGAACUUUAUGUCUAAUCGAUAGCGGAAAAGAUUAACAAGUAAAGGAAAGGGAAGGAACGAGACGGAUUUACAGUAAAUAAACAUAUCGCGUUAUAUAAUGGAAGGAGCAGUUUCCUACAUCAACCCAUGGGCAUGGUAUCGCUGGGCUCGGCCUCAUCCGAUACUAGAUAAACCAUGGAGGCGGGAAGGGGAUCCCGAACAGAUAAAUGAGCAGCUCGCCGAAAAACUACGUAAAGAUAUUACAGACAUCAAGUUCAACAGAGGUAUGAAGAAAGCUAAUGUUAUUGUUCUCGGGCCAGCAGGAGCAGGGAAAUCGUCUUUCAUAAAUUCCCUUCUUAGCUGCAUGAAAGGACGACUAUCAAAGAAGACAACUACUAGUGUCUCUGAUGGCGACAGUUUUACAACAAAGAUGCUAAAACUUACAGCAAAAGACUUAAACAUACGGUUGUUCGACACAAUGGGAAUCAAUGUUAAGAAGUUCAUAUCCGAAGAAGAAAUCAAAUCUAUUCUCGAAGGGAAACUGAAACAUGGAUAUUCGUUCCGUAAAAAGGAUACGACAGAAAGUGAACCUAACACUGAUUAUACAAAUGUGGAACCAAAAGAAAAUGAAAAAAUACAGGUAGCUGUCAUUGUGGUUGCUGCUGAUGCAAUGAAGGAUAUACCAUCGGAUGAAAAUAAAAUGUCAGCAAUUAGAGAAAAGGUGAAGGAGAUUUCAGAAGUUCUCAAAGAAUAUGACAUUCUUCCAAUAUACAUACUGACGAAUGUUGAUGCCAUCUGUGCUGAAGUACGAAGGAGUCCGAAAAUGAUAUUUCAGAGUAGAGCCGUGCACGAAAUGGUCAAGAAAGUUCAUGAUACAUUUGGUCCAGACGAAAAUGAUAUUUUCCCAGUCGUUAAUUAUGUAAAAGAAGUGGAUACCACCACCGUUAGAGACAUUCCACUUUUAUUUGCUUUACGGCACAUUGUCAGGUUGGCUGCGGACCAUGCAGAAAAUGACAGUAUAUGAAACAAUGAAUGUUUUAACAUUUGAUGGUGCUGGAUUGAUUCCAUGUGAAAUUUCGUUUCAAGCUUAUACAUUCUUUGUUUGCACGAUUCUUGAAAACGUGUAGAAAAUUGUCAAAUUCCAUUUUUUAAAUCUACAAAUUACCAGUCUAUCGCAAAAUAAAGGGUAAAGCCAUUCGAAACAAGUAUAUCCCGUUCAUAUAAUAUUAUUGAAAAUGCAAUACGUAAACAAAACACACGUACUGAACAUUUUAAACAUACUGUGACGUCUUUUAACUAGUUCAUUGAUAAUGUAAACUAUUAAAAGUAUAAUAUUUGCGACUCUGAUUCUUUCUGGUCCUUUUAAGAACGAUGUUUAAUUUUCUUAAAUAUGAUUGAUUUUAAUGUUGGGAGAAGUUUGCCACAUCUUUUUUUUUGUGAGUAUAUAUAUUUAGUAUAUAAGUCAAUAAACAGGUAUUUUAAACUUUUUAGGAUACAAAGACUGUACAUUUCAAUGAAGAAAGUGAAACUGAGUGAGAAAAAUGUUUGAAAUUAAGACAUGUAAAGUUUUCGGUCAUGUUAAAUGUCAGUAUGAUACAGAACUUUGGUUAAUUUUAGAUGUUCUUAUUGAAGAAAGAAUAAUUUGUUUUGAUACAUCGCUAUGGCCUAUGACAAAAACACAAGUUCGAAGCUCAAUCGGGUAUAUUGUGGACACCUAACCAUCACUUAUAGUAAAAAGAGGAAGAAGAGAAAGCGGUGGGUCGUAAAUGUGUGUUGGUGGAAGGGGAGGCAGGUCUCAAAUAGGUACCACCACCAGCAUACUUAUUUUGUA